AUGGUGGAACCUCUGGCAGAACUAAACCUGUCCCCAGCUGAUAGAUCUCCAACAUGGUGCUCCUUCCACUGUUCAGUGGAAGAUGGCCUGAAAGGAGAAAGAAGUCAGGAGAUGGCGGAAGGUGGGAGACGCUGCUGCUGGUCCGGUUUUCGUUGCCGUUUCCUCAUCCUGCUCGUCACAGUGGCGGCCAUCUUGUUCUUCACCAACCACCAGUCAGCAGAGUGUGUCCCAAGAUGGUGGGCAGAAUACCAUGGUCGUUCAGUCAACACCAGUAGCGAAGCAGUUCCUCUCAACACCACUGGUUUUACCAUAGACGCUCAUAAAACUGCGUCUGCCAAUUCAACAGAUCGUCAGACUUCACUUAUCCACUCUACUCAACAGGCCAUCAAACUCAACACAACACAUCAUGAAACUAGUUCCAUCACCUCUGCACUGACCAUCAUCACUAAUCUGAUCACAGAGGUCAAGGCAGUUCUGGCCACUCCUCCUCCGUAUGUGUCCCCAGGACCGUACCAUGUAGAAUACCCAUCAGAAUACAUCUUCAUCCUGGAUGAGCCAGAGAAAUGCCGAGAGCAGAACCCCUUCCUGGUUCUGAUGGUGCCAGUGGCGCCCUAUAACAGGGAGGCCCGUGAGGCCGUCCGCAGGACUUGGGGCAGUGAGAGGCAGGUACUGGGCAGAGAGGUCUGUCUGUUCUUCCUGCUGGGACUUCCCAGUGGAGAGGAGAAAGAGCAGCUCCAGGAGAAGGUGCUGCAGGAGAGCAAAGAGCACCAGGAUCUGCUGCAGAGCGACUUCAUAGACAGCUACAAAAACCUGACCAUCAAGACCAUGGUGAUGAUGGAGUGGCUGAGCUCUCGCUGCCCCAACGCCUCCUACGCCAUGAAGAUCGACUCAGACAUGUUCCUCAACGUGAACACCUUGGUCAACAUGCUGCUUCACGCUCCAACGCAGAACUACCAGACUGGACUAGUGGCCCGACGGGGCGCUGUUCUAAGAGACCGUAACUCCAAAUGGUACCUUCCAAAGGAGGUGUUUCCUGAACCGGUAUAUCCACCUUAUGCUCUGGGCCUGGGCUAUGUCUUCACCUUAGACCUCCCCAGGAAGCUGGUGGAGGCGUCCAGGCAUGUUAAAGCCGUCUACAUAGAGGAUGUGUAUCUGGGACUGUGUAUGAGACACCUGGGCAUCCGGCCUACUGACCCCCCCAGUGGAAACCUCUUCCAGGUUUUCCCUGUGGCUUAUGACCGCUGCACCUACUCACGGCUGAUAGCCACCACCACACACAGUAUCACUCACCAGGUCAACGCAUGGACAGACCUACACAAACCAGGUCCUCCCUGCUGAUCUCAUACAGUAACAGACUGACUGAUGUACCAAUCACUUCCUUAGUUUGUUCUUGGCAACGAUGUAAAUCUGGUGAAUUUGUAAUGCAUUUCCACUUUGAUUAAAUCCUUUAAUAAUCAUGAUGAUGUUACUGAAUUUGGAUUAGACACACUUCCAGUCUUAUAUCCUUUGUGGUGCUGG